AUAUAUAUAUAUUGGUGAUAUAUCUGUAUCAGAAUUUGUUCUACUCUAAUAACAAAUCAACAUGGGCUGUAUCAGAGCAUCCAAUUUAGUUGGAAGCUAUAGCUUGCACCAAUAACAGAAAAGACGGCAAAAGAUAAGAUGUGAUCCCAGUACGAACCCUAACCGCCGAAAGCUCCAUGAAACCCACAGCACGCCGUCAUGCCUGCAUCAUCAGUGCAGAAGUUUUCUGGAGAGCGUUACAGUGUAAUAGCACACUGUAUAUUAGAAAGAGUACAAGCUACAUUAUAUUGUCAGCUCAGCAGGGGAGUCUGUGGCUAUAAAAGAGAGAAUAGUGUUUUCUUCAAACUGGGACACAGGCUCUAUCUGAUUAGACAAGAAGCUCAGUGAAUAUUAGUGACUAUGUCCCCACACUCUCUGAAAUCUCUUCUUCAACCAGAUGAAUAUCAUAUUUGGUUCCAGUCUUUGGCGUCUGGAUUUGUAUUUGUUUUCCUUAAAUGUCAUUUGGUCUGUUAUGUUGGGGUGUUUUUGUCCUUGACUGAGGACACUGAAAAAAAAUACUGAGUUAUUAUGUCUAAUGACUCCAGUUCACAUCGGGCCCAGAAGGCGUUAUCUAUUGGUCGUCAUUCCAAACUAAGGAGGCAAAUGCCAACCUCUUCUAUUCUGCCUUUAUCAAUCUGCUCUUCCUUCCUCUAUGUACAAGCUGUAUCUCGCUUUCUAUUCCUCUCUUCCACUUAGACUUCCACUUAGUAACAACUAAAAGCCUCAACUCUUAUGACACAGAGUUUUAAUUGUUUUUUUUUUCUCAAACCAGUAUCCUUGCUCCAAAAUUUUUCUCUCACCUACCACUCUCACUCCCACUCCCUUCUCUGUUUAUGCUGUAAAAAACAAUUUGUGACUGCAAAAAUAACAAUUUACUGUAUUUUCAGUAUGUAAAAGUUAAGAAAGACACAAAUUGAUGAUACAUUUUAUCAGCUUACACUAUUUGUCUUCAGCGGACAUGAUCAGUCUGUCUCUUAUGAGGAGGGAGAGAGUUCAUGAGGAAAGGAUUUAUAAGAAUUUGCUCAUGUUAUUAUGCUAUAAACGGGAGACCACCAAAUUGAAGAAUUCACAUGUGUUUUUCCCAGUUUAUUUAUUUCCUUUUAUAAGAAAAUAUGGGACAAAAUUUGGAAAGAUGGAAAAAGGAGACACAGUAGGUUUAGAUAAGAGCCUUGUUAGUGGAGCAGUAUCAUUUUGUACUUUGGGCAAAUCAUAGUCUUUGCUUUAUUCUCUCCAGUUUUGGGUGGUGCUACUGUUGUUCAUGGGUAAAAAUUGUAAUUAUAGACUUCAGAGAUGGCAAAACAUAAUUGCAUUCUUAAUUUGAGUGGUAUCCCCCCAAUUAUCUUGUUGUGAACAAGAUGUUUUUCUGUGUGUGUUGAUGUACUGCGUGCAACAACGUGAAUGUGAUUUUGUCGUUCAAGGCCCUGCUAAAGACAGCAGAGGCUGUGCUGCUCUCUAACAGUUUUUUUUCUCCUCCUUCCUCCUCCUCCGAAAUGGAACCCUAGCAGAUGGAGAAAAUAGCCCAGGAGAGGGAGAAGUUUGCAGAUGAGGGCAGCAUAUUUUACUCUCUGGGAGAAUGUGGCCUUAUCUCCUUCUCAGACUAUAUCUUUCUCACCACUGUGCUGUCCACUCCCCAGAGAAACUUUGAAAUUGCUUUUAAGAUGUUUGAUCUCAACGGUGAUGGAGAGGUGGACCUGGAGGAGUUUGAACAGGUCCAGAGCAUCAUUCGUUCUCAGACCAGCAUGGGCAUGCGACAUCGCGACCGCUCCACCACAGGAAAUACCCUGAAGACAGCCGGCUGCAGCUCGGCUCUCACUACGUACUUCUUUGGAGAAGACCUGAAAGGAAAACUCACCAUUGGCAGCUUCCUGGAGUUUCAGAGGAAACUGCAGCACGAUGUGCUCAAACUAGAGUUUGAGAGGAAUGAUCCGAUGGAAGGCAAAAUCUCAGAGAGACAGUUCGGAGGUAUGUUGCUGACCUACAGUGGCGUCCAAUCUCGUAAACUCAAGCUGAUGCAGAAGGGAUUGAAGAAGAUGUUUAAGGACUCACAGGGCAUCACAUUUGAGGAGGUGGAGAAUUUCUUUACCUUCUUAAAGAACGUGAAUGACGUGGACACAGCUCUGAGUUUCUACCACAUGGCCGGAGCCUCCAUAGAUAAAGUUACCAUGAAGCAGGUGGCCCGCACCGUGGCCAAGGUGGAGCUGUCGGACCAUGUGUGCGACGUGGUGUUCGCUCUGUUCGACUGUGAUGGGAACGGAGAGCUCAGUAAUAAGGAGUUCAUAGCCAUUAUGAAGCAGCGGCUGAUGCGUGGGCUGGAGAAACCCAAGGACAUGGGCUUCACUCGGCUGGUGCGGGCCAUGUGCAAGUGUGCCCAGGACACUGCCUGGGACUUCGCCAUACCCAAGACAUAGGAAGAAAAGCAUCAAACUCAUUCUUCUUCCACAGGUCUUGAGAAUAACAACAAAAAACAAUUAUUGCAAUAAACUCAUAGGACGGCCGCUCUGGGGGCAUCAUUAAUCAUUAGCGCAUGCCAUCAAUACAGUGACUGAAGCAUGCUGACACAGAUCCGUGUGUCCUGAGAGGCCUCUCUGGUGUGCCUGUCCAAGGCAUCAUGGGUAUUUGUAUAUUUUGAGUGAAGCGUUAAGCUGAUGACAAAUCUGAUGACAAAUUUGAAGCACUCAGUAGAGAGAACCUCCGCCAUGGCCCAACAGGCCCCUUCAAUUCAAUCAAGCUGCACCAAGUACACACACUCAUAAAUAUCAGACUCUUAAUAAGAUCGGCCUUUUGUGAAUAAAUAUCUGCAUAUAAAAUAUACACACAAACUUUGUAUGUGUAUUUUUGCCAUAUUCUAGAAGUUAUAUUCACAAUUUUCUGUGUGACGCUAAUAACAGCACUUUGAUAUCCAUAUUAAACUUGUGUUACUGCAAAAGGGAAGGGAAGGAGUGGAAUCAAUCUUAUUUGACCUUCAGCUGUUUAAACGAUGCAGUACGUCUGUUCUACUCUGACAACAGACUCUUAAUUAUUUCUUUGGUGGGACGCAGAGCAGAAGUCUGUAAUCUGGUUAGCACCUCUUCAAUCAGCUUGAUAGCUCCAACUGCAGCUUUACUUUUUGUCCCAUGAAUGAUCAAAGAUGCUUGUCUCUGUUUUACAAUGUCCUGUUCAAAGUGGGUAUUCUUCAAAUUAUUGUUUCUCACCUAAACACUUUAUAAGAUGGAUGUUUAAAGAAAUGCUCUAUUAAAGAUGUUUAAAUAAAGUAAA